AUGGCCAAUACAUCUGAGAUGCAAUUAAAAGUAAUCAAUUCACUUGGUUCACUUGAAUUUGGAAAAUCAUUUUUAAAUCAACCUCGUGGUAUUGCUUAUCGUCCAUCGGAUUCUUUACUAUUUAUUGCUGAUUCAAAAAAUAAACGCGUUGUUGCCUUCACAGAAGAUAAUAAACUCGCUAAAAUUAUAAGUCAUUAUGGAACAAAAAAUGGUUUAGCUGUUAUGAGUAAUAAUCAAGUAUUGAUGAGUGAUGAAUUAGAAGUAUUAAUCUUGAGUAGUGAUCUUCGUUUGACACGCACAAUAGCUUGUGAUGAUAUUCAAGCUGGUUCAACUAAUUAUCAAGGUAUCUGCGUUGAUGAACAUGAUUCAAUUUAUGUAUGCGAUCAAGCUAAUCGACAAGUCAAAGUUUAUGAUCCUCGAUGUGGAACUAUCAUACGAUUUUUCGGAGAUAAAAAUAUAUUUAGCUCACUGGCAUAUUGUACAGCAGCUAAUGGAUAUGUUUAUAUAACAGACCCACAAGGUUCAUGCGUUCAUAAGUUUACACUUGAGGGAACUUUUGUAAAACGUUUUGGCAGUGAAACAUCAUCCGCUUUUCCUCAAGCACUUUCAAGUCCUCGUGGUAUAACCGCAUUUCCCGACACAAAUCAUUUACUUGUAGCUGAUUCUCAUAAUGAUCGCUUAGUGCUUUUUGAUGAUAAUGGUGAGUUUCAACAAUUAAUAACAAGUGGUAUCGAAUAUCCAGAAUCAUUAGCAGUAAAUAAAAAGGGAGACAUAUUUGUGGCCAUGACUGAUCGAGUCGAUAUAUUUUCUCGUCAUAACUAA